AUGGUCGUGGUCCGUCGCGGCACACCUACCUUACUUCGCCACGACGUCCAACUACAAGAUCGUAGCGCUCCAAAAUUCCUUGCAAAGAAAUCCGCUCGCAUACAUAAUCUCGGAGAAGACAUCGCGGCCUACAGAGACAUCCAGUCCACCGUCUCGGACCCGAACAUCGACCUCGUCGCCGUUUGCCUCAAGGUCCCGGCGCACCUGCCCAUCAUCGAAGCGGACGCUGUUUUCGCAACUGAUAUUGAGAAUGGGGCCAACCUGGUGUCGGUUUCUGUCGGACACGCGCUGGAUGCCCUCUGUUUCGUGCUCGAAGAGCUUAGAGGAGUGCAAGGGACUCUCGCAAAUAAGCGGCCUGUAGUUCCCCUCGUCGAUGGCGAAGGGAGGCAGCAGGGGACCAUAAAGAAGACGUCUCAUGAUCACUGCACCGUCACGGGGAGACUUGCGGGCGGCGGCGUAGCGACUGCCGUGUGCCAAGGCGGCAUGAGUGCCAUUGACAAGAACUUCUUCUGGGAAAUCACGGGGACCAAGGGGAUGCUUGUGCUGGAGGGCCCCAUGGGUAAUAUUCAGGGGCAUCAGCCCACGGUAAGCUUUGUCAAGCCCGAGGCGGGGUCGAAGCUGGAGAAGAUCGAGGUCGAGGAGGCUAAGGACUUUUCGUUCAACACGGGCUGGGCGUGGGACGCGUUUGCUGGGGAGGGUGAGGGUGCUGUGCCUGAUUUUAAGGAUGCUUUGCUGAGGCACCGGAUGCUUGAGGCGAUUUACAGGAGCAGUGAGAAAGGCACCCAGGAAGAGUACAUGUGA